CUCGUUGAAAAACGAUCAACCGGACGGAAAGCUAAGUCGUCGAAUGUCACAAAAGUCAACGAAAUAGUUCGAAUUUAAAAGAAUGAAAGAUGAAACAUUUAAUGCGGUGGAAAAUUGCCACUUCAUUACUUGGACUUACUGUGUUCUUCUUCGCCGUUAUCGCUGCUCUUCAAACCUUUCUUGAGAUGUCAACGUUCCUGUCAUUAUUUGGUGGACACCUUUCACUGGCUCUAAUGUUUUAUGGCUCAAAGUUUGAUGUGUUGGAUUUGCCAUUACCACGAAAUGCAUCUUCAUUUAGUUGGGCACUAUUUCAUGAAGAAUCUCCGAAAAAUAAUCCGAUUUUAUCUCAUGAAAGUGCAUUGAAUCUUUUUAACUUCACAGCUACUUUCAGCAGAUGGAGUAGUUUUCCUCUGACAUUACAAUAUUUACAAAAUUUGGAUAUGCUUACUAGUCACAAAUACCUUUUGUCCUUGAAGGAAAAAAAUACUCUUCUGCACAAAAUAGCUCCUGUUUUGUACAUUCAUUCUGAUUGUAAUACUCCUUUGGAACGAGAUGCCUAUGUUGUAGAACUAAUGAAAUAUAUUGCUGUGGAUUCCUAUGGAUUGUGCUUGAAUAAUCGAAAACUGCCACCCAGUCUGACUGAUCCGUUGGAAAGCUUAGAAUCAGAAGAGUUUUUUCAUUUUGUAGCAAGAUACAAAUUUACUUUAGCAUUUGAAAAUUCAAUUUGUGAUGAUUAUAUUACUGAAAAGCUCUGGAGACCUCUAAUAGUUGGCUCUAUUCCCAUCUAUUUAGGAUCGCCAUCUGUGUGUGAUUGGCUUCCAAAUGCAAAAUCGGCAAUAUUAGUGUCCGAUUAUCAGUCUCCAAAGUCUUUAGCAGAAUUUCUGCUUGCUGUCAACGAUAAUAAUAGUUUAUACAACUCAUUUUUGGAUCAUAAACUCAAGGAUAUUGAUGAAAGAAUAUCUAAUGUUAAACUGAUGACUGUUUUGAGUGAAAGAAAGUGGGGUGUUGGUGAUGACUUUGAGGGAGGAAAUAUGGUGGAACAUUUUGAGUGCUUUGUCUGUCAAAUGGUUGCAAGACGAAAUUCAGAUGAAGUAUUUAAUGGUAAAUUCAUUGCAAAUAUAUCCCAUUAUAAUUGUCCUCUACCUCUUUCACCAAUUACUCUUAAACGAAAUGAGAGUAAUUGGUGGAUUGAUCAGUGGAAGUUGGGUCACUGCGAAGCAGAAGUAUUGAAGCAAUUAAUGGAUGAAAAUAGAAUCAUGUAUACAAAGGAGGAAUUUUACAGUGUAGUUAAAAAACUGAUGUACCAAAAUAAGUGUUAAAUAUUUUACCGAUACAAGUUAUGUUCUUUAUAAGUGUAAUUAUGUUGAAAAGUUUAUAAUAAAUCUGAAUUUAAGCUAAAUCUGAUCGAAUACUUGAAAAUUAUUUUGUAUUAUGUGAUGAUUUGUCACAAAGAUAAUUAAAUGGAAAUAAUAAAUUUACGUAAUUGUAAAUAUGAACCUCAGUAACAAAGGGGGUAUACAAAAGAAACUGAGGUGAGCCUCAUUUUGGAAAAUAUACAAGGAUAUGACAACAGAAUUGAUAGUGGGGAAAUUUGCUCACUAGUCCUUUUCCUGCAUUAUUUGUUAACAUGAUAUAUGAUAUGAAUAUGUGAUAUGAACAUGAGUAUAUAUCUUGUUAUUAAAAUUGUCCAUAAUUUUUAAUUCAUGUCAUGCUAUUUUCUUUAAAUAAUUUUCUAAAUCAUAUUGAUUAAUGUUUAAACUAAAUCUUUAAUUGACAAUUCUAUUAUUCUAUACUCCUUUGACCUUAUAAGCCUUUACUUUAUUUUCAGGUAUCUUAUCAGAUG